UGUCGGAGGUGGAAGGUCGUCUCUUGGUCCGUUUAAUUUUAACGGUUUGUUGACAAAUUAUACGCAGAGAAAGAAACUUUUCUAUGAACAUUAAUAUUGACUUUUUGAGUGUAUUAUAAAGUGUUUUUGUGACCAUGGCGAGUCAACCCGAAGUCGGCGUGUCCGACUUCGUGCUCUUGGACAAUUUGACUGCUGACAAGUUUAUUGAGAAUUUGCAUUUGAGAUUCCAACACAACAAGAUAUAUACAUACAUCGGCGAGGUGCUUGUGUCUGUCAACCCGUACAAGACGCUAGACAUCUACAAUGCUCAGCACAUGGCUCAAUACAGAGGCAGGGAGAUGUUCGAGGUGCCUCCUCAUGUGUACGCUGUCGCCGACGCGUGUCAACGCGUACUUAGACAACAGGGCAAGGACACAUGCGUACUCAUAUCCGGCGAGUCGGGUGCGGGCAAGACAGAGGCAUCGAAGUUUAUAAUGAAGUACAUCGCCGCCAAUACCACACAGGUCCACAGGGAUUACAUAGACAGAGUAAAGAACGUGCUCAUCCAGUCCAACUCAAUCCUGGAAACAUUCGGGAACGCGAAGACCAACCGCAACGACAACUCAUCCCGGUUCGGGAAAUACAUGGACAUCCACUUCGACUACAAGGGGGAUCCAGUGGGCGGGCAUAUCAGCAACUACUUGUUAGAGAAGAGUAGAGUCGUCAGUCUGCAGCAAGGAGAGAGGAACUUCCAUGCCUUCUAUCAGUUACUGAGCACAAACAAUCCGCACACGAAAAAGUUCGGCCUAACGACGAACGCGCAAUACAAGAUCUUGGGCAGCGAGCGAGCAACAUCACAAGAUUCUAAGCUUUAUUCUCUAACGAAUAGCGCCUGUAAUGCCUUGGGAUUCGCGCAGUCCGUGCUAGAUGACAUUUGGAGUAUCGUCGCUGGAGUUAUCUUGUUGGGCGAGCUAACAUUCACAGAAACACAAGACGGCCAGUUAAAGAUCGGUGGUCCAGUUAAACAGUGCGUGGCCGCUCUGGGGGUCACAGAAGAAGGGCUCCGCGGGGCCAUGGUGGGCCGCGUGUUGUCCGCCGGCGGAGACCUUGUCUCCAAGGAGCAUUCGCUCAGCGACGCUAAUUAUACUAGAUUGGCGCUCGCUAAGGCGGCUUAUGAUCGUCUUUUCACAUGGAUUGUCCAGCAGAUCAACAGAGCGAUCGAGGUCCCAGCCGGCACUUACAAGAACACGCUGAUCGGAGUACUGGAUAUCUACGGCUUCGAGAUCUUCGACACCAACAGUUUCGAGCAGUUCUGCAUCAACUACUGUAACGAGAAGCUACAACAACUCUUCAUUGAACUGGUGCUAAAACAGGAGCAAGAAGAAUACGCCCGUGAGGGUAUCCAGUGGACUCCGAUCCAGUACUUCAACAACAGAGUCAUUUGCGAGCUGGUGGAUGCACCUCACCAGGGCAUCAUCUCCGUCAUGGACGAAGCCUGUCUUAAUCCUACUAAGAUUUCCGAUACACAAUUAUUAGAGGCACUCGACAAACGGCUGGGCUCACACAAACAUUACACGUCGAGGCAGCUCGCUCCCACAGAUAAAAAACUUAAACACGGAGUUGACUUUAGAAUCACACAUUAUGCGGGCGAUGUGACGUAUGCCAUCACAGGUUUUAUGGACAAGAACAAGGAUUCCCUGUGGCAGGAUCUGAAGCGGUUGCUACAUUCAUCUUCAAAUGCUUCGCUCGCUGACAUGUGGCCGGAAGGCGGCGCUCACAUACAAAAGACAUCAAAGCGGCCUCCAUCCGCAGCAACUCUGUUCCGCAACUCGAUGGCAGCACUAGUAACGGGUCUGCAGAGUAAGGAACCUUUCUACGUGCGCUGCGUCAAACCUAACCCCAUACAGUCGCCUAAUGCCUGGGACGAGCAGCUGGUCCGUCACCAAGUAGCGUACCUCGGGCUGGUGGAGAACGUGCGCGUGCGCCGCGCCGGGUUCGCGUCUCGCCAGCGCUACGACCGCUUCCUCAAGCGGUACAAGAUGCUGUCGCAGUACACGUGGCCCAACUUCCGGGGCUCCGGCGACAAGGAUGCCGUCAUGGUGCUGCUCAAGGAUCUGCAGGUCAACGAUGUGCAGUAUGGACAUACGAAGCUCUUCAUCAGGAGCGCGAAAACCCUGCACAGUUUAGAAGCUGCACGCGCCGCACUCAUCCCGUCCAUCGUCGUGCUCCUGCAGAAGCUGUGGCGAGGCACGCUGGCGCGCAUGCGCUACAAGAAGAUGAAGGCGGCGCUCACCAUAUACAAUGCCUGGAAACGUUACUGCUACCGUCGCUACAUCGCCGCCAUCCAGCACGAGCUGUCCCGCCACCGCAGCGUCAUCAAGUCCUGGCCGCCGGCCCCGAGGCGGGUCAACUCCGCCCUCAUACAGGCCGCCUACCGCCGCUGGAGGGCCUACCUGACCCUCAAGCCGAUCCCGCGGGCGCAGUGGCCGCAGCUCAAGAUGAAGAUCUGCGCCGCCAGCGCGCUGCGGGGCCGGCGGGGGGACUGGGGCGCCGGCCGGCACUGGCUGGGAGACUACCUGGCCGAUGACAACUACAAUCCUAAAGCUGCCGUGUACCGAUCAGCGCUGGCGUCCCUGCAGAAGUCCCAGCACUCGGGCGCCGCGCUGUUCUCGUGCCGCGUGCACAAGUUCAACCGGCACAACAAGCUGGCCGAGCGCUGUCUGCUCGUCACCGACCACAGCCUCUACAAACUGGACGCUAACACGUUCAAGGUGUUGAAGAAACCUACGCCUAUCACUGAGGUGGGAGCGGUGCGCGUGAUGAGCUCGGACGCGCAGCUGGUGGUGGUGAGCGUGCCGCACGCGAGGAACGACCUCGUGGUGGGGCUGGCGACCGCGGCCCACCGCGAGCUGGUCGGCGAGCUCGUCGGCGUGCUCGCCAACCGGUACCACAUGUUAACGGGGUCCGAGUUACCCGUAGAGGUGGAGAGCGGCGCCACCACACGCUGCACGCUCGGCGGCAAGCCUCGCGCGCUGCAGCUGCCCGCUGUCUCCCCCUCCACCCCCACCACCACCACCACCACCACCCCCGCCCCCUUCACGCACGCACACAAUGUUAUCACCUACCAUCCUGCGUCUGCAAGAGCAUGAACACAGCUACCGAGGGGUGUAAGUUUCUAACCCAUAUUACUUACUAUUAUGUUAGGUAACAAUAAACGAAGCAGAUUUCAAACUUAAUUAAUUAAAGAUGAGCGAAGCAAAAACCCAACCCUGGGGAAGUCGCGCGCGCCGACCCCGCUCCGCCCCGUAUCCGUCCCGCACCGGAACGUUGCAACUUCCCACUUAAAAUACCAUCAGUAAUGAACAAAUCAAUGUGAAAUUAAAGUCUAAUAUUUGUAUGCCGACAUUUGAAUUUAAAAAAAACCAUCCCCGAGAAAAUUUUGUACCACCCAAGGGGAUAAUUGCGAAAACAAAAUAUCUCGUACUCAUAUACAGAAUUAAAAUAGUAGAUUGUGUUACAAGGGGCAAGGGAAAUUUACGGCGAUUGUUUCAAGUGUGUUACGCCCAAGGUGGAAAUAAUUUUGCUACCAUGUGACACAUACUGCUUUUCACAUCACCUAUGAGGUAAUUAUGAUGUUGCUACAAAAUUAUGUGCAAAAAAAUGUGAAAAUAGUGUCCUAGAACAGGAAAAGUGUUACUUUGAUCCCUCCUAGCAGGGAAGAAAAGUGCCACUUUGAUCCCUCCUAGCAGGGAAGAAAAGUGCCACUUUGAUCCCUCCUAGCAGGGAAGAAAAGUACCACUUUGAUCCCUCAUAGCAGGGAAGAAAAGUGCCACUUUGAUCCCUCCUAGCAGGGAAGAAUAAACCCUUUUUCAAAUUGGUGGUGUGAAAAGGGUAUAAUUAUAUACUGGCAGUUGCGAGCGGUUAUUUCGGCUCCAUAAUUUUUUUACGUAAAUAUGCCGAAUGAAAGCAUUUUAUUUAAUGCUGUCAGUUUUUUUUCUGAUUUUGGAUAUCGAUUGGUCUAUUAUAUUUUCGUUUUUUCCGGUACGUGGUUUAAAAAAAAAUAUGUUGGUCGUAUUAUAAGCCACAGUGAUAAUAAUAUGCAUUGUAAAGUAAUUUAUAAGUACCAAUAAUUUAUUCGAGUGAUAAUAAUAAUAUUAAUCUGCUACCUUUUUGACGGUUUCUUAAUUUUAAGCCGUCCUGGGGCUUUUCACGUAUUUAAUAAUAACUCGUAACAUGACAAACGAUAAACAAAUUUUAUGGAUUAUGUUAUGAAAUUACAAAAUGUAUUUCAAGAUACGGCCCCUUGGGGCUAGCACAACUACCGGGUCCACAAUAAAUCUGUCUUUCUGUUGAACCCUUUGACCGCCAAAGACGUCAAAUAACGUCACGCGCAUACAAGUGAAAAAAAAACACACUAAAACGUGACGUAAUGGAAUGGACAUUUUGGGACAUCUUUUUUUAAUGGCAGAAUGGAGAAUGCUGUCGAUUCGGAGUAGAAUGAGCCCAAAAAUGUCCAGAUUUGAAAGAAUCUGGUUUUCAAUAUUUAUUUUAGAAAAAUGUCCUAAUGUUGAGACAAAUAUUUCGCGCGAACAGUUGUGCUAACUCUUUUUUAAAUAAUUUUGUUAUGAAUUUAAUUAUGAUUUUACUGUUAAAUGGCCUUUUAUGAGAACAAUGAUAACCGAUGAGUUAAUGAAAGGCAAUUAUAUUUUUGGAUGUUUUUAUUGGUUUAAUUGUAAUUAUUUUCUUUAUAAGUAAGUCAUUGCUUAGUUAUAUUUAAUAUUAUGUAAAUAGCUUAUUUACUGUUUUAAGGCAAGAACGCCUGCUUACAGGAAACGCACAAUAAACCAGGAAUUAUUCUUCCCUUUGACCGCCACAGAAAGGUUUCAGUAUACAGGGUGACCUUAGCCAUUGGACAAACCCUGAAAUGCCACGUAGGGUUACUUCUCAGGAAUGCUCUAAAGAGAUUUUUUUUUCAAACAAACUUAUUUCCAAUAAUUGACAACAAAACGAAACAUACUGUAUUAAUCAUUGCCAGUGCUUUUGACAAUGUGUUUGAAAAUAUGCGGCAAUGAUGACAUUUGUCAAAAGUCAGAAUCUUAUUAGUGUCAUAAAUAAAAAAGAAUCAAAAAGGUCCAAGAAGAUUUCAUACUAUUUAUGACCUCAGGAGCUACUAACACAUACAGGCUGCUCCAAAGUUAAAAAUCGUAAUUUGUUAAUGUCUUCGUAACCGCUACACCGGUUGUUAUGAUACUUUGUAUACUGGUUCUAAAUACCCUAAUGCAUAUGUACAUUUCGGCUGUGUCCAAUGGCUAGGGACUUGAUACGUUCUUAAAAAUUUUAUUAUUGUACGUUAUAUAAAAUAAACUAAAAUAAACGCGGCGGUCAAACUGUUAACAACGACAACCUAGUCUUAUAUUACUUAAUUAUUGUUUUUGACCAGAAAUUUUCAAAAAGUUACAUUUAAGAGUAAAGAAAAAUAUGUGCCAUUUUCAACCAAAAGGGUACUUAUUGUCGCUUGUCAAUAUGGCGCUAUUUCCAUAUAGCUUCAAUUAGAAAUCAACCUUAUCAACAAGCGACAAUGUGGUACCUUUUGGUUGAAAACGUCACAUAUUAUGAUUUAUGUAUAUUUCCAUACAGAGUGAGAGUAACUGAUUUUGAGUGUAAGGUUUUUCAGCUUGUCAAAUGUUACCUGGAAGGAUUUUUUUGUUACAAUUGAUACUAAGUAUAUCCCAGAUACUAAACUAAACAUCCGAGUGGCCAAUUUACUAACCAAUCACCUUUCGUAUCAAUUUGGUACAAAAAUUUUGCCAAUUAUUGGGUCUCAAACUAUUUUGGUAUCUGAGAUAUAACUAUAACACGUUAAUCACUGGUCACUGGUCAAUAUAAGGAAUAUUGCGCGAAACUCUGCGCAGAGGGCGCCACUACCAAAAUCUGAGGGUCUAUCGCGAAACAAGAAAAUCGAAAUUUCAUUAUCUAAUAUCUCUGUCACUUGCAUAUUUGAGCGAUAGAGAGGCAGAUAGCGAAAUUUCGGAUUCGCGUUACCCGGUAGGUCCCCUGUAAACAAACCGCCUUGAUGCAUCAAUGUCAUAUUUUAUUAUCUCUGAAAAACACUGAUUUAAACUUUCACGAUUUUUACUCAUUAUUAUUUACAACGACGGGACUUAAUCGCGUAAAAUA